UUGAGAGUCGGGGAGGGAGGGGGGGUUGUAUGGGGUUGUAUAGGGAGUUGUGUGUGGGUCCUAAAGAGGUUUUGGGGAUUGUGAAGUUUGCUCUGCGGAGGAAAUACUUGCGGGAGAGGUCACUUUCGUGCAGAAUUUGGGGUAAAAAACGGCGGUUUCGGGAUUUGCGGCUGAGCAAAGCCGCAGAGGGGCGGUGCCAGUUUCCAAAAUGGCGGCUCCGCGCCCGCUUCCAAAAUGGCGGCUCCAACUUCAAACAGCUCAGGGAAGAAGAUGCCCGCUUCUCCUCCCAUAUCGCUAUGAAGCCGUUGGGGCGAGGGGGCCGAGAUGGCUGCUGCCUCCCCCGCGCUGUAAGGGCGGCCUGGCUCAAGAUGGCCUCAGGAGGAUGAAGCCGUGGCGUCCAUCUUUGUUGAGGGCAGCCCGUAGCCAUGUGGGAAGCAAGGGUCCCAAGGUGGGGUGGGAAGGGCCAUUUUUAGGGACAUUUUCAGAUCCCCCAAACACUCAAAGGGCUCUUAAAUACAUCUGCGCUGUGCUCCUGGCCGCCUGGUACACGGGAAACGGUCCCUAUUGACCGAAAAACCCCAUUUUCACCCCAAACACAGACCCUCUCCACAGCCCCCCUCCCCCCCCCACUCGAUAAAAUGCCAUAAAAUCCUAAAACCCCACCUCCAAAUUUCAGUUUUUGGCCCUAAAACGGUGCUUGACGACUUUGUCACCCAAAAAGCGCGUUUCUGUCGCCCAAAAGGUGGUUUUUAAACAAUUAUUUUACUCCCGUUUCUGCCCAUCCCGCCGCCAGAGGGCCGUGGCACUGAGCGCAGCUCUUUUCCCUUUUUAAAGUCCUUCCUCCCCCCUUUUCCCCCCUUUUUCUUUAAAUUUAACUCUUCCAUUUCCUGAGCCGCCGGAGGGGUUAGACCCCUCACAGCCCUCUGCCCCUUUCUGCUGCGUUUUGGGGUGAAAAAGACGGAUUUUUGUCCCCGAAACAACAAAAUGGGGCACCGCCAGGCAUUGCCCCCAACACCUCCCACCCAGCAGAGCGCAGCAGGAAAAUGAGGAAAAUGGGAUGAAACACAAAGGAAAAAAAUAAGAGGGAUCCGCGGCGUGAGCCCAAAAUCGCCCUUUUUGUCCUCAAAUCGAUCCACGGAGCCUCUCCUCCUCACUGUAGGGUGACAUGGAGCCCUACGUGCUGCUGGACCCACGGCAGAGAGCGCUGUACCGGGAUGUGAUGCAGGAGAGCUACGAGACACUGAUGUCCCUUGAAUUUCCCAUUUCCAAACACAACCUGCUCUCCCAUAGGGAUGAACCCACAGCCCUGGAUCUCCACGUACCCAAGGAGACCCUGCUGGGAGACAACGGAGCAGCGCAGGAACCCCCUCAAGAAGACCCCAAAGCAACCAAACCCACAGAAGAGGGUCCUCCCUGCAGCCCUACAAGACAGAAGAGCGGGGAACCACCGCACCUUCACCAAACCCAACCUCGUACCGUGUGUGCUGAAUGCGGGAAGAGCUUCAGCCACAAAUCAGCCCUGGUCAAACACCAAAAAAUCCACUCCGGCGACCGCCCUCACGAAUGCCCCCAAUGUGGCAAAGCCUUCAUCCAACGUUCCGACCUCACCAUCCACCAACGUGUGCACACGGGUGAGCGGCCCUACGCGUGUCCCGACUGCGGGCGGCGUUUCAGCGUCAGCUCCUCGCUGCUCACCCACCAACGCACCCACGUUCCUGCUGGGGAGAAACCCAACCGGUGCCCUGAAUGCGGACGCAGCUUCGCCGACUCGGCGGCUCUGGAUCGGCACCGUAAAAGUCAUUUGGGUGGGAAACCCUACGAGUGUGGGGUCUGUGGGAAGGCUUUUGCAUGGAGUUCCCAUUUGGAGCGGCAUCGGCGCAUCCAUACCGGUGAGAAACCCUUCCAAUGCGGCCAAUGCGGGCGGGCGUUCGCGUGGAGCUCCCACCUCGACCGCCAUAUGCGCACCCACGUGAUGGUGGAGGAAGAGGAGGAAGAGGAGAAGGAGGAAGGUGGGGAGGAUGAAGACCUCCCUCUUCUACCCCAAAAAUGCGCAGAUUGCGGGAAGCGGCUCAACCACCAGACCGACCCACAGCGCUUCAAGCAUAAGGGGACCCAAACGUCACCAACCAGGGAUGAGGAUGGGCCCUCUGUCACCCCAACGUCAUCAAAUGGAGAUGGGCCCUCUGUCACCCCGAUGUCACCAGUUGGGGAUGAGGAUGGGUCUUCCCUCACCCCAAUAUUCCCAACUGAGGAUGAGGAUGGGCCCUCUAUCACCCCAGCAUCAACUGAGGAUGAAGACAGGUCCUCCAUCACCCCAACAUCAGCAACUGGAAAUGAGGAUGGGUCUCCCAUCACUCCAAUAUUCCCAACUGGGGAUGAGGAUGGGUCUCCCAUCACCCCAAUAUUCCCAUCUGGGGAUGAGGACAGGCCCUCCAUGGCCCCAUACCCACGCAAACAGUGCAGCACAUCCCUCACGCAGAGCUCCAACCCCAAACACCAUUGCAUCCACCCCACCGAGCAGCCCCACACGCGUCCCCAUUGCAAGCAUCGCUUCCAACGGAGCUCAGCAUCGACCAAACACCAACAAACCCACCCCAAACCACGCACCGAGGAACCCACCACCAAGCCAUUCCCAUGCAGGGCAUGUGGAAAGACCUUUGCUUGGCUCUCCCAUUUGGAACGGCACCGCCGGGUCCAUACUGGGGAAAAACCAUUCCAUUGUGGGGAAUGCGGGCGGGCGUUCGCUGUCAGCUCCCACCUGGAGAGGCACCGACGGCUGCACCGUGGGGAGAACCCCUACCAGUGUGGGCUGUGUGGGAAGGGCUUUGCUUGGAGCUCCCAUUACGACCGGCAUCGGCUCACCCAUACGGGUGAGAAACCUUUUUCUUGUGCCCAAUGUGGGAAAUGCUUCGGGCGCAGCUCGCACCGCAACCGGCACCAACGUGCCCAUAUGAAGCAUCCCAGCCAUCCCAAGUGGGGCACACAGCCCUCCCCACUGCAUGGGGUGAGGGGACGCAACCCUGCUUCCCUGCUGCCUUCCUCCCCUGCCCCACAGCAGCCUUGGGUGCCGCCCCCCAGCUCCUGAGGUAGGGGGUGGGGAUUUGUGGGGGGGGCUCAGAGCCAACCUCGCAUCUUUGGGGUCACCCUGCAGCUGGAGUGGGGAUGGGUUGUUGCCCCCUCCUCCAUGCUGGGUGUUAAGGGGAUGUUCUGGUGUCCGGGAUGCUAUCAGGGUGGGGGUCAGGAUGGAAUGGGGUGAGCGGGGGGGUGUAGAAGGUGGGGAGGUGUGGGGUGGGGCUGGGGGGGG